GGGACCGGGGGCGGCGCGGCGACCGGAGGCACGGAAGGCGGCAGCACCGAGUCGGAGGGGGCGAAGAUCGAUGCCAGUAAGAACGAGGAGGAUGAAGGCCAUUCAAACUCCUCCCCUCGACACACUGAAGCAGCGACGGCACAGCGGGAAGAAUGGAAAAUGUUUAUAGGAGGCCUUAGCUGGGACACUACAAAGAAAGAUCUGAAGGACUACUUUUCCAAAUUUGGUGAAGUUGUAGACUGCACUCUGAAGUUAGAUCCUAUCACAGGGCGAUCAAGGGGUUUUGGCUUUGUGCUAUUUAAAGAAUCCGAGAGUGUAGAUAAGGUCAUGGAUCAGAAAGAACAUAAAUUGAACGGGAAAGUGAUUGAUCCUAAAAGGGCCAAAGCCAUGAAAACAAAAGAGCCCGUUAAAAAAAUUUUUGUUGGUGGCCUUUCUCCAGAUACACCUGAAGAGAAAAUAAGGGAGUACUUUGGUGGCUUUGGUGAGGUGGAAUCAAUAGAGCUCCCCAUGGACAACAAGACCAAUAAAAGGCGUGGGUUCUGCUUUAUUACUUUUAAAGAAGAAGAACCAGUGAAGAAGAUAAUGGAAAAGAAAUACCACAAUGUCGGUCUUAGUAAAUGUGAAAUAAAAGUAGCCAUGUCGAAGGAACAGUAUCAGCAACAGCAGCAGUGGGGAUCUAGAGGAGGAUUUGCAGGACGAGCUCGUGGAAGAGGUGGUGGCCCCAGUCAAAACUGGAACCAGGGAUAUAGUAACUAUUGGAAUCAAGGCUAUGGCAACUAUGGAUAUAACAGCCAAGGUUACGGUGGUUAUGGAGGAUAUGACUACACUGGUUACAACAACUACUAUGGAUAUGGUGAUUAUAGCAACCAGCAGAGUGGUUAUGGGAAAGUAUCCAGGCGAGGUGGUCAUCAAAAUAGCUACAAACCAUACUAAAUUAUUCCAUUUGCAACUUAUCCCCAACAGGUGGUGAAGCAGUAUUUUCCAAUUUGAAGAUUCAUUUGAAGGUGGCUCCUGCCACCUGCUAAUAGCAGUUCAAACUAAAUUUUUUGUAUCAAGUCCCUGAACGGAAGUAUGACGUUGGGUCCCUCUGAAGUUUAAUUCUGAGUUCUCAUUAAAAGAAAUUUGCUUUCAUUGUUUUAUUUCUUAAUUGCUAUGCUUCAGAAUCAAUUUGUGUUUUAUGCCCUCCCUCCCCCCAGUAUUGUAGAGCAAGUCUUGUGUUAAAAGCCCAGUGUGACAGUGUCAUGAUGUAGUAGUGUCUUACUGGUUUUUUAAUAAAUCCUUUUGUAUAAAAAUGCAUUGGCUCUUUUAUCAUCAGAAUAGGAAAAAUUGAGGAGGAUUAAAAAUGAGAGAUUCAAGUUACUAGAAACAUAAAUUUGAAAACAGUCAAAAUUGAGGGCAUGAUUAAAAUUGCAGUAAAAUUUUAAAAUGUUUUUAGCAAAAUUAAUUUUUGCCAUAGUAUGUUCUUCCUGUCUAAAUUGGAAAUUAAUUUAUUGGUUGUUCUAACACUAGUAUUUUCUGUAGUUAUUAAGCUUUAUAAUGGAAACUUUAAGAAAAUUCCCACUUUUUUGGUUAAUAUGUACUGUGCUUUUUAGAAUGAAUGGAAAAAUGUGCAAGGACCAUUUUGCACAGAUACUGUUUUAUGCUUCCAUUAAAUAAAAAUGAGUACUUAAUUUUAGUAGAAACACAGAUCUUUUUAGAGCUAUGAUGGACUUUAUAGAUACACAAGUAUUGAGGGGAGGAUUAAAGAAAUGUAUGCUGUUUUA